CUCUCUUCUCUAACAUCCUUCUCAGAAUCUCCCCCGACACAAGCUCCCCAAUUUCUAAUUUCGAUGCUUUCCUCUUUAUCAUAAGAAUCAAACUUCUACUUUAAACCAAAUCCAUCAUGGGUUAGGCUUUCGUGGCGAACUUAAUCGGCACAAACAAAAGCAGCACUUCGCUGCUCGUAUUUGUGUCGAUCUGGGAGUUGUUUUUGGAACCAGCAUGUUGAGAAUCGUGGCGGAAGAUGUUUCGUCUAGCGUUUCCGUGGAGAGGUCAGGGAGGUCUCUGUCGUUGCCAUUCUCUGCGAUGGUAAGGAUGAAUGGCGGCUCUUGCAAGAGUUUAACGUAUUCUAAGCUCCCUGAUGAGCCCCUGAAGCUCUCUGUUCUCAAAUUGGAUGGCUCUUCCUUUGAUAUUAAAGUUGCAAAGGCGGGCACCAUUGCAGAUCUCAAGUUGGCAGUGCAGGCUGCCUUCAGUCAUGUACCAAACAAUGGUCCUGAGAAGAUUUCAUGGCCGCACGUUUGGGGGCAUUUUUGUUUGUGCUAUGAUGGUCAGAAGCUCUUGGCAGAUACCAACUACAUAAAAGCCUAUGGCAUUAAGGAUGGCGAUCAGCUUCGUUUCAUUCGGCAUGUCUCAAUCAGCUACAACGUAACAAAAAUGCAGAGAAAGAACGGGACUAUUUCUUCCAAAGAAAGGUCCUUAUCAAGACCAAACUCUAAACAAUCCAAACAAAAUGAUGAAGAGGUUGAUGAUUGUCAUGACAUGGAGAAUGGUCGAUACAAACAUCACAAAGAUAAGCGUCAACAAAUUGUUGUAGAUCAAAAUUGCAGACCAGGUCACUUUUUGAGAGGGUGGACCUCAUAUUCCAAGCUGACUACCAACCAAAGAACGAGACCCAGAAGAGAUAUAAUUUGUCCCUCAAUAUCCCGCAGUAGUUUCUUGGAUAAUCUUAAGAAACUUCUACACCAUUCUUUAAAGCAAAUGCGGAGGAUCGAGAAUUAGGGAUUUUAGAAGGUCUGGACUUUUCUUGUGGCAAAUCUGCAUUGUGUUUGUGCCUUUGUGGCCUUGUACACAUUCUCUAUCAAAGCUGAGUUCUAAAUUUUUAAAUACCUUAUACAUCCAAACUGUACCGAAUUGUAAAAUUCUAACAAUUGGAUUAGGCAAGUGAACUUAAUAAUAGGAAUGCUUCCAU